UGAUCAUUCCUUUUGAAGAGCCCACAGAGCUGAUAAAACUCAAUACACCCUCCACUAUUCUUGGGGGGCAUAUGGCCACAUAUUUUGCUCUCUGGGCUGUUAUCGGAGAGCGCUUUUUUCAGAUGAAGUAAACUUCCAGUUUGUUGAAAUCUAAGUGUACAAAUGUGUUCAUGCUUAUUUUGUUCUACCAAACAUUCAGUUCUUCCAAAAUCCCAGAAAUGUGUGGCUCUUAAACAUUCCUUAUUUUAAAACACAUUUGCACAAAAGAGAGGGAGAUCUCAUUCACCCUUUAUCACCAGGGCAACAUCUCUGUAGACAGCCAAUUUUCACAUCAGAAACGACUUGCAUUGUGUUCUCAAUUCACUGCUGACACUAUUUUUUAAAAAACCAAACAAUUAUACACGCUCAGUUAUUUUGAGAUAGCAACCCUAAUUCAGCCUUACCUUAGGCAAUGCCUCGUAGUUCGAGGAUGAUGGUCCUCCAUCUUCGCUAUCUUGGGGAUUGAUCCGUAGAUGGCUGAAGAGACCUAUUCUUGAUCUGCAUGUUCUCCCGCAGUGAGGACAUUGGUUUCCAGGUGGAAGGCGGUCUCGGUCAGGGUUGGCUUGACGGGCCUUCCUCUUGGCACGUUUCUCCUUUAAGCCCUCCAUUCGUGCCUCUUCAAACUCCGCAGCACUGCUGGUCACAGCUGACCUCCAAUUAGAGUGUUCAAGGGCCAGGGCUUCUCAGUUCUCAAAGUCACAGUUUUUAAGGUUGGCUUUAAGCCCAUCUUUAAAUCUCUUUUCCUGCCCACCAACAUUCCGUUUCCUGUUCUUGAGUUCGGAGUAGAGUAGCUGCUUUGGGAGACGGUGAUCGGGCAUUCGGACAACGUGGCCAGUCCAGCGGAGUUGAUAGCGUAGGAGCAUCGCUUCAAUGCUGGUAGUCUUUGCUUCUUCCAGCACGCUGACAUUUGUCCACCUGUCUUCCCAAGAGAUUUGCAGGAUUUUUCUGAGGCAACGCUGAUGGAAAUGCUCCAGGAGUUUGGUGUGAUGUCUGUAGACGGUCCACGUUUCGCAGGCGUAGAGCAGGGUUGGGAGGACAAUUGCUUUAUAAACAAGCACCUUGGUAUCUCUAUGGAUGUCCCGGUCAUCAAACACUCUCUGCUUCAUUCUGAAAAAUGCUGCACUUGCAGAGUUCAGGCGGUGUUGUAUUUCAGUGUCGAUGUUGACUUUUGUGGAUAGGUGGCUGCCAAGGUAGCGGAAAUAGUCAACAUUUUCUAAUGUUACACCAUUGAGCUGUAUUCCUGGCAUUGCAGAGGGGUUAGCUGGUGCCUGUUGGAAGAGCACUUUGGUUUUCUCGAUGUUCAGUGAGAGGCCGAGCUUCUCGUAUGCUUCUGCGAAGGUGUUUAGAGUGGCUUGUAGGUCUUCUUCUGAAUGUGCACAGCCUACGUUGUCAUCGGCAUAUUGGAGUUCUGUAACAGAUGUUGUGGUGACCUUGGUUUUGGCUUUCAAUCUGCUGAGGUUAAAUAGCUUGCCAUCUGUUCGAUAGACGAUUUCCACCCCGGUGGGAAGCUUCCCAUCAACAAGAUGUAGUAUCAUAGCGAUGAAGAUGGAAAAUAAGAUAGGGGCAAUAACACAUGCCUGCUUGACACCUGAUUCCACCUUAAAUGGGUCACUUUGGGAGCCGUUGCUGUCCAAGACUGUUGCCAUCAUGUCAUCAUGGAGGAGCCGCAGGAUGUUCACAAAUUUGUCAGGGCACCCGAUUUUCUGAAGGAUGGUCCAGAGAGCGCUGCGAUUCACUGUGUCGAAUGCCUUUGCAAGGUCAAUGAAUGCCAUGCACAGAGGUUGGUUUUGUUCCCUGCAUUUUUCUUGGAGUUGUCGUGCAGUGAAGAUCAUGUCCACUGUUCCUCUGGAGGGAUGGAAGCCGUUCUGGGAUUCUGGGAGAGUGUCUUCUGAGACAGGGAUAAGGCAGUUUGCAAGGAUUCUUGCGAGGAUUUUCCCAGCGGAGGUUAGAAGGGAGAUACCGCGAUAGUUCCCUCAGUCUGUUCUGCCCCAUUUCUUGAAAAGGGUGAUGAUGGUGGCAUCCUUGAAGUCUGCUGGAUUUUCUCGGUCACCCACACCUUUUCAAUGAGCUAGUGGAGUUGUUGUAUCAGCUCAGAUUCACCCGUUUUGAAGAUUUCAGCAGUGAACCCAUCAGGUCCGCUGGCUUUGUUGUUUUGUUUUUUUUUUUGUUGGCUGAUGGCAUUGCUAACUUCUUCCAAACUAGGCAGUGCUGCAAGCUCAUCCCUGGUUUGUUGUUGCGGGAUUUGUGAGAGGGUCUUUUCGGCCACAUUGGAGCUGCGAUUCAGCAGGUUCUGGUAGUGCUCUUUCCAAUGUAGUGCAAUUGAUGUUUUGUCCUUCAGAAUUUUGGUUCCAUCUGAUGAGCGUAGGGGCUGUAUGCCAUGGUUUCUUGGUCUGUAAAUGAUCUUUGUGGCUUUGAAAAAUCCCUGAGCAUCAUGGGUAUCUGCAAGCACUACAGAUUCAGCACUACAGACAUGACAACCAAGACUUUUACAACCUAAGCCUGGGAGUGCAGAUCCCAGGCUGUGGAAUUAAUGAAGUUUAAUUCAACUUUACCUGUCAUGGUUCAAUGCUAUGGAAUAAUGAUAGUUACGGUCUUAACAAGGUCUGUCAUGCCACAUGAAGAUCCUCACUGUUUACUCCUAGUUAAUAAACUCUUUUUAGUUAGAGGGAUUCAUAUUUUAUGUACAGUUGCUGGGGGGUCAGUCUAGACAGCCUCUUUGCAUUCGAAGCCUCCAUUGCCCUGCCCCUUUAAGAAUCCCCUCAGGAGCGGAGCCUCAGGCAAGGCACUUAUGGUUCUUGGAAGAGUCAGUCUUUUCGUGACUGAAAAGGGAAGAAAGGAAGACCGGAAAGUCUACAAAAAGCACAUCCAGUCAGAGCUGUAUUCAAGUGCAGUUGGAGCUGUAUUCAAGUUCAAUUAGAGUUAAAUAUUGAGACCAUCUUAGAGACCAUUGAACACUAUACAAGAAAAAGACAAUAAGAAGAAAUAAAAAUUCAAGAAUCAGUUCAGUCAGAACUGUGUCUAUUUCUCAAAGGCUACCUCUCCUCAUAAAGACUUUGUAUUGUAUUCUCGGGAAGAAAGAAAGUCUAAAAUUCUUGUCAGUUAAUAAAUCCUUGUAUGAUUCAACUAUAUAGUCUCCAUUCUGUUCCCUGCGCAGGCAGUUCACCUUCCAAGUAGUUAAGAUAGCAUGGGGGCAGAACAAUGUCCUUAGCCUUCCCUGCCAGAGAGUCUGAUGCCACACCAAAUUACAAAUCCCAGGCUUCCAUAGCAUUGACUCCUGGCAGUUAAGAUGGUGUCAGACUACAUUAAUUCUACAGUGUAGGUCACAGUGUACUACAAUUUAUUCUUUUUUAAAAAAAAAAUCUAUUUUUUCUGAUGCUUUCAUGUCCAAUAAAUUUAAGGGGGGAAAAUCCAAAUUCCUAUCCAUCCCUUUCCUAAUAUGGCAAUGAUCUGCAGAAUUAACUCCUUCAUUGUUCCCAAAGAUGUUUAAUUCAUUAGUGGUAUUUAUUGUAUAGGAAUUAUUAUUGUUUAAAAUGAUCUGUAUUAGAGAUAUGUACAUCAAGAUUCAAGACAAGAAAUGUCAGGGAUUUUCGAAUGGCAGCAAUGGUAGUUAAUGAAUAUGAAUCUUGUUCUUAAAAAUGGGUAAAAUAACGGUUAGUUGCUCAGAAUAGAAGAUAAUCUCAUACAUCAUAAAGGUGUUGCACCUGCAAUUCAUAUUUUACAAAUUUGAGCAUAAGGACUCCUUUACAAUUGCAUGACUUUAGCAAUUUAGGACUGACUGCUACACAGGGAAGAAAGCUAAUAAAAUUCAAGAUUCUUAUCAGUUGUUUUUAGCUGUUAUUUCCCUGUGCCCCUUCUUUAAGUCCCCCUGCCGAACAUAUGCUUCCUGCCGUACCUUACCAGGUAACCAGAGACACACACCAUCUGCCUAGUACAUAAAACAAGAGGCUCCGGGAAAGUAGGACUUUCAAUAAAGACAACAGCAAGGCUCUCGGAGAUGGGCGAUCAGAGGGCUAUUGUGGCUGCCAAGGAAGGAGACUUGAGUACUUUGGAGCGGUUGCACGUAGAUGGCAUUUUGGGCCAGAAUAUCACGGACUCCUUAGGGGCAGGCCUGGUUCAUCAUGCCUCACGAGCUGGCAGGCUCGAAUGCGUCAAGUUCUUGGUGCUGCAAGCAAAGCUUCCCGGGAAUCAGAGAGCAAACAAUGGUGCAACUCCAGCACAUGACUCUGCAGCCAUGGGGAACUUGGCUGAACUGCAGUGGCUGAUCAAAGAUGGAGGAUACAGCAAGCAGGAGCAGGAUGCCUCCGGAGCGUCUCCACUCCAUUUAGCUGCUCGCUUUGGACAUCCAGAGGUUGUUGAGUGGCUGGUCCAAGCAGGGUUUGACACUGCAAUGGAGACCCGGGAAGGAGCCGUACCAGCUCAUUAUGCAGCGGCCAAGGGAGACCUCACAUGCCUGAAAGUGCUGGUUGCUGCAGACCACAGUUGUGUGAACAAACAAACCAGGAGUGGAGCAACCCCUCUGUACCUUGCCUGCCAGGAAGGCCACCUCCACAUCACCCAGUUCCUGGUGAAAGACUGUGAAGCCAAUGUGCACCUGAGAGCCCAUGAUGGCAUGACUGUACUGCAUGCAGCUUCCUGCAGUGGCCAUUAUGCCGUUGUCAUUUGGCUGGUAACCUUCACGGAUCUCAGCCUCGCCACACAGGACGUGGAGGGAGCCACCGCACUACACUUUGCUGCUAGAGAGGGGCACACUGCUAUUGCUGACAGACUCCUCCUCAUUGGUGCUCAGAUUGUGUUGGACAACUGGGGAGGAACCCCUCUCCAUGACGCAGCAGAGAAUGGGCACUUGGAGUGCUGUCAGACACUGAUUUCCCAUCAAAUCGAUCCCAGGAUCCGUGAUGUGGAUGGAUACACAGCAAGGGACCUGGCGGAAUACAAUGGGCACAGGCAGUGUGCUUGCUACCUGCAGGAAGCAGAGAAGAUGGCAGACCAGCAAAGUGGUUUUAGGAAUCAAGAGGCCAAAGGAAGAUCAGCAGAGAAGGAAGCUAAGGCCAAAGAAAGAUCAAUAGAGAAAACCAAUAAACAACACAAAGUGGCAGUUGGACAAGAGUUUCGGCAGCAGGCAAUGAGACCGCUUCAGUCAAAUAUAAGCUCUACUACAUCAAACAUGCAGAAAGAAGUUAACACCCAUCUUCAGAAAGUAUCUGCUUCAAAGAUGGUAAAACCUGCUGAGACCAAUAAACCACUGACAGCUGAGCUGAAGAUAAAUAAAUCUCUGCAGAAGGCGAGGAUUACAACAUUGUUUUCAAAUUCUAAUGAGAAGGCUGAGCCGCCGAGUGAUGUGGUACCAAGGAACCUCCUUUCAAUGCUGGAUGAGUUGGGAACCUCAGACAUUGAUGCGCUGGUGCCUACUCAUGAUGACCGGGGUUCUUCUAUCCCAGAGUGGAAACGGCAGGUGAUGGUGCGGAAAUUGCAGGCCCAGCUGGCAUCUGAAGAAGGGAUGGAUAGGAAGGACAAAGGAAGCUGUGCACUGGGGAUGGAUGACUGGCAGUACUCCCAGGUUCAUAAUGCCAUUCUGGGCCCCUUUGGGGAGCUGCUCACCGAGGAUGACCUGCUGUACUUGGAGAAGCAGAUUGAGCAACUGCAGGUGAAGAAGAAAUGCCAGGAAUACGAGAGUGAGCUGGGACGCCUGACAGAGGAGCUGCAGGCAGUUCUUCCUGUUCCAAUUGUCAGCAUCUCAGUCAAUAGUCAAUUUCUGCAGCAGGAUUCUGAGAAGAACAGCCAUGAGUUCCCUGCCUGGUGCAGUCAUGUGUCUGGUGUAGUCAAAAGCAUGUCCAUGUUGCUGACAGGCAUCAAUGGUAUGAAGAAAGAGGAAGAGAAUGAGAGGGCUGUUAUCAAGCCAAGCAAAAAAGGAAGUUUUUCAGGAGGCAUGGUCAAAAGGGAGAUCCUGGAGUGUGGUGUGUCUGUAAAGGACCUGAGAUGUAACUUUGAAAAACAAAAUAUUAUUGGGCCUCGAGAGCUAAAGACCAUAUCCUGGCAGCAUGGAACGGGGAGUGAAUCAACUUCCCCAAUGUUUUCGGGUAUUUGCAAGAGCAAGAGGCAACUGGUUUGUGAGGAACAUGAGAUUGGAGACCUGGAGAAUACCAGUGACUCCGGCAUCAGCUGUGAGGAAACCUCAUCCGAAGCUUACAGCUCUCGUAUCUCAACUGCAGAGGCUAACACACUCCGAAAAGAGCGUAUUGUUCUGCUUUUUCUAAGCCAUUGGAAGAAAUCGGCUUACACACCUUCCUUGAAACUCCUAGCUAGGAAGACUGCAGAUACCAAACAACCUGGAAAGGUAGGACUAAUGGAUGUGAUGACAGAAGUCAAAAAGCAGCAGACUCCCAUGCAGAAGCUUCCAAUGGAAAUGAGCAGACUUGGGCAUUUAGUUCAACAGAGAUGCACUAUCAAGAACCUGAUCAGUCGCUGGAAGGAUAUUAUCUCUCUUGUACCAUCCCGUCAGAUCAGGCGCCUCAAUCACCAGCACACAAUAUAUUCUCCAGAGCAAUUUCUGCCAUAUGUCAAUGGCAAACCCAUAAAUUACAACAGCUUAACUCUCGAUCUCUUCAUGCUUGGCUAUUUCCACAUCCUGGAGCUGGAUCUCUCUGCGGAAGAGCGGAAGGCAAGACAUCUUCUUUGCUUUGAAGUGUUUGACCACUUGGGCAGCCAUCCGUGGGAUACCGUGCGUGCUUUCCAUAAAGCAGUGAUUAAUGAGAUUGCUGCAGGCAAACGAAGCUGGAAAGAUAAUUUCGAAGAUAUUAAGAUCAGAUUCUUUGGAAACAGCGAGGCCUCUGCUAAGAAUCCGGGACUCACCAAAUCAUCGGCAGAAAGAGUAUCCAAAAUAAGAGUCCCAAACUUGGCCGUUAAGCAGGAAGAAUGUAUCCCAGAAACAUAUUGUGAACUAGGCCACUUUAGCAAUGAUGACAUCUGUAGAUACAUUGACAGGAGUUUUGCUUUCUGGAAAGAAAAAGAAGCAGAAAUCUUUAGCUUUGAACGAUCAGACUCUUAACACUAGCAACGUUUAUUUGUGGAUAGGAGUGAAAUACAGAAUGUACUACUGAGAAGUCUGCUUGAGGCAAUAUGGAAUAUAGCAUGGACUAAGGAGACAUAACUUGCUUGUUUUGUGAUUUGCCAUUUGCUAGAUUUGUGAGCUAAGUCAGACUUUGAAAAUGUUGCUUUUUUGUACCACAUUUCUAAGAAACUCCUAAUAGCAGGUUGGCAGUGGGACUCUGGUAGCUGUAAUCUGAAAAAGCUCUGCUACUAAGUUAUGGUGGCAACCUCUUAAUUGCAGAGCAGCGGCUGGAGAAGGGAAGGAAAUAUUUAAUCCUUCCAGUGAAAUUUAUUUAAAUCCCUUAUUCUUCCUCAAAAAGCCAGAACAGUUUCUAGCCAAUUGCUUUGCCCCUCCUCCAUAAGACCCCCGAGACUGAAUCUUGAAAACUUGGAUUUGGAACUCUAUAGUGGGUAAUUAUGAAGGAAUAACAACAACAACAACAACAACAACAACAACUUUAGUCUUGUAUCCCGCUACCAUCUCCCCGAAGGGACUCGGGACGGCUAUACACGGCACAAAGUGCCAAAAACAGAACAUAAAAUUAAACACCAUUUAAAAAUACAUUUGAAAAACAUAUAGACAUAUUAAACAACAACUUAAAACUCAAUUAAAACAGUACUGAUCAACCUGUGGCAGUAAGCUACCUGUUAACAUUGCCUGGCUGUAAAACGAUCGGACAGGGAGUGGGAUAAGUACAAAGCCGGCAAAUGAGGCAUAGGAGACCUGCCCCUCCCUUAAUACCAUUAUUACCCCUGGCGGGAAGGAGGAUUGUCAGGACCUCAUUAUACAUGCGUGCAGUGCGAUUAGUUGACCUCUAAAUAGGAGAUGAAUAGCCAUGUGUGAUAUUAGGGUUUUUCUCUUUCAUGUUUGUUGUUCUUAACUAUUAUGUUCUGACAAUGGAUAGAGUUGGACACUGGGGAAUUGUCAGGUGUGUACUGAAAAGUAGUAAUCUGACCCUGCCUGGAAGUUAAAUUUACAUAUUUAAAUAAUUUUGAGCCUUACAGUUCACAAACUGCAAAGAUUUCAGUUUCCUAGGCUCUUCUCAAUAUGUAUCAUGAAACAAUUUAUAUGGGUGCUUCUACUGUGUGGCAGUUUUCAUGCAGAUACUUUUCUACAAUGCUUUCAAAGAGUCCGUUACAUUUACCUGGCCACCUUUUCAAUGAGUCAUUCAAUUAUUAUUUAUUUAUUGACUAUAUUUAUAGUAUAUUUAUAUUUAUAGGUUGAGCUGCUGAACUUGCUGACUGAAAGGUCAGCGGUUUGAAUCUGGGGAGCGGGGUCAGCUCCCACUAUAGCUCCAGCUUCUACCAACUUAGCAGAUCCAAAACAUGCAAAUGUGAGUAGAUCAAUAGGUACCACUCCUGUGGGAAGGUAACAGCGCUCCAUGCAGUCAUGCCGGUCACAUGACCUUGGAGGUGUCUACGGACAAUGCUGGCUCUUCGGCUUAAAAAUGGAGAUGAGCACCAACCCCCAGAGUCGGAUACAACUAGACUUAAUGUCAGGGGAAAACGUGUACCUUUAUCUACUAUAUUUAUAUCCCACUCUUCUAACCCCAAAGGACUCAAGGUGGCUUACACAUAGGCAACAAUUCAAUGCCUUAAAAACAAUGUACAAUUAAAUAAACAUUAAAAUUAAAAUACAUUGAAGCAUUUAAAAACAUUACAGUCACUAUUAAAGCCACUAUUAAAAAGUGUUUGUUAGAAGUUUCUGUUUUCAUUAUAAUGCAUCAAUAAUGUGAUCCAACCAAAAUAUGUUAACAAAUAUUUCUCUUUUACUACUUGUCUUCAAAAUCUAUACUAGUCUGUACACUUCAUGAACUAAACAACUGAAUAUAAAUAUUUCAUUUUGUUUUUAAAAACAUUUGCUUUCUUUUUUAAAUUAUUUAAUGUUGUUUCUCUCUGUACGAGCAAGAAGUCUUAUCUUGAAAAAAAUGCUAAAGGAA